UUCUUUAUCAUUUGGUAUUUUGCAUUGUGCGCCACUUUAGUGUGCAGUAUUUACAAACAGCAAAUCAUUUUUAUAUUUGUUUAAAAACCUUUUCUUUCAUGUGCUGGUUAUAUGGGAGAAGUGACGUGUUGAGCUCUGAGUCUAAAGUGAGAAAUCAUUUCAAAAACACACACUAGUGCAUUGCAAGCACACACAAAGAGUUAAACAUACUGUAACUUACAGAUCCUGUUUCCUUGCCAACCUGACGAGGAAGUAGCACAGGGAGGCCCUCCCUCUUACCUGCCUGUGACGUAGGGCCAACUGUUAAGCUCUCCUUUCUUCUGGGAGUGGAAAAUGAAUAGAGCUCUCGGAACAAGGAAAACAAUAGCCUUCAGAUACAGUCAGUUCCUGGUUUUAUGACAUAGGCUUUCUUCUUUCUAGAAGGGCACGACGGACAUCUGAAUAGCCAUGGAGAAGUUCGAUCAUCUGUUUAUGCUAUGUGGUCUCCUGAUUACACUUUCCUUUGCUCUACCAAAUGCUACCACUCCACCAGUGACCCCCACUACAUCAGGUCCAAGCAGUCACACUACAACAGGAAACCUUAUAGAAAGUUAUACUUCAAACUCAAACAAUUCAACCCAAGACACUACUGGUAACACAACUCCUUCAAAUGGCAAUUCGGGGAACUCGACAAUCCCAAGCACCCAAAACAGUACUAACAGCACAACUGCUAACAUGCAGAGCAACUCAUCGGUGCCAAGCCCAACAGGUCAGACCAAUAUUACAACAGAACAAAUAACUCAGACUACAACAAACAUAACUCCCACAAGUCUUGCAACACAGCCUGCAUCUAAACCCACAAUAACUUCAAUGAGCACUGUCUCUACAAGGCUCAAUUCUCCAGCAGUCACACUACACGGGAACAAUGACAGCACCACAGCAGAAGACCUAACCACUGAAACGACUCCUGGGAACAAAACAAACAAUGAAACUGCAGCAGGGGCUGGCUUGAAUUUUUCAGAAAUGUCCAUGACCAUUUUGUUCAGUGUGGUACUUGGUGUGAUAGUUCUGAUGGUUCUGGGGCAGAUUGUGUACAAAGUUAGCAGGAACAAACACAGAAUGGUUCAGUAUUCUCAUCGUCCUCUCUAUAACGAAGACACAGGUGAACAGUUUGUGGUGCCAGAUGACACACUAGUGAUUUCUGGAGGACUCUAUGAUGGCCCUCAGAUCUACAACCCCACAGUGACUACACUGAAUGAUGAAGACCAGCCCACGUUUGCUUACACGCCCACACAGCUCCGCUUGGAGUUUCUGCGUGAAGAGCAGGGGACAGACCGAGAUUACGAGGCUACCAGCUUUGAAACCUUCAAGACAAAUGAGUAAAAGCCUUAAAAAUUCAAUGCUGUACUCCAAAAGAAAUGCAUUGGCUGUGAGAAAAGACUUCCCUGAAAAGGACUACUAAGCAGGAAACACCAUUCAUGUAGAUGGAGAGCAUAGAAUCUGGACUUUUAUACUGAUUUCAAUUGAUUUAAGCAUUUUUAUUUCAUUGAAAGGGCAAGACAUGAAACACUGAACAGUAACAGCAAAUAUUUCUUAAAAUUUUAACGCAAUAAAUAACUGUUGCUAAAGCUCGUGCACACACACAAAAACACUCAAAAAUUAAAGAUUCAACUUAUUCUACAUUGACAUUAGAAUAUUGUGGUAUCUAAUCUCUAUACAUAUAAUAUGUAAUUAAGCCUCAAACUGAAAUAAACUGUGGAAUCAACA